AAAGAUAAUGGAGAGGUGUUCGGAACAAAGGUGAGUAGCGAGAGAAAAGGAGACACAGAAAGAGAGAGAUGGCUGAGUGAUUUAGUCGAUUUCGAUGCGCUUCUUCUUCUCAGCUCGAAUCGAGUGUUGAGUGCUUCAAUUCAAAAGGAAGCACACCGAUCGAAAUUCAGCAUUUCCUGCUUAAAUCAGAGGAAAAUGGAGGCGACUGGGGGAAUGGUGGCUGGAUCACACAAGCGGAAUGAGCUAGUUAGAAUUCGCCAUGAAUCUGAUAGUGGGUCGAAACCGGUGAAGAAUCCGAAUGGGCAGAUAUGCCAGAUUUGUGGAGAUACUGUUGGAGUGACUGUCACUGGUGAUGUCUUUGUUGCUUGCAACGAGUGCGCAUUCCCGGUUUGUCGUGCUUGUUAUGAAUAUGAGCGGAAAGAUGGGAAUCAAGCAUGCCCACAGUGCAAGACUCGUUACAGGAGACACAAAGGGAGUCCGAGAGUUGAUGGGGAUGACGAUGAGGAUGACGAUGAUGACUUGGAGAAUGAGUUUAGUUAUUCUCAGGGGAAAAUGAAGGCUAGAUCUCAAUGGCAGGCUGAUGAGGUGGAGCUCUCUGCAUCGUCUAGACAUGACUCUCAGCAACCAAUCCCGCUUCUUACCAAUGGACAGCCAGUCUCUGGUGAGAUUCCUCCUUCCAUACAAGAUACUCAUUCUGUUAGAAGUACAUCUGGUCCUUUGGGUCCUGGAGACCGUGUUCACUCCCUCCCUUAUGUUGAUCCACGACAGCCGGUUCCGGUGAGAAUAGUCGACCCUUCUAAAGACUUGAAUUCUUAUGGACUUGGAAAUGUUGACUGGAAGGAGAGGGUCGAAGGUUGGAAACUAAAACAGGAGAAAAACAUGGUAAACAUGAACAGCCGAUACAGUGAAGGGAAAGGAGAUAUUGAAGGCACUGGAUCAAACGGAGAAGAAUUGCAAAUGGCUGAUGAUGCUCGCCAGCCUAUGAGCCGCGUGCAGCCUAUUUCCUCUUCUCAUCUUACCCCCUAUCGUGUCGUGAUCAUUCUUCGGCUAAUCAUCUUGGGAUUUUUCUUGCAAUACCGUUGCACCCAUCCGGUGAAGGAUGCUUAUCCUCUGUGGCUGACAUCUGUUAUCUGCGAAGUUUGGUUUGCUUUGUCUUGGCUUCUCGACCAGUUUCCGAAAUGGUAUCCAGUUAGUCGUGAGACCUUUCUUGAAAGACUUGCACUGAGAUACGACAGAGAGGGCGAGCCUUCCCAGUUAGCACCUAUUGAUGUGUUCGUCAGUACUGUGGAUCCCAUGAAAGAGCCUCCUCUUGUAACUGCCAACACGGUCUUAUCCAUCCUGGCCGUGGACUACCCUGUCGACAAAGUCUCAUGCUAUGUUUCAGAUGAUGGUGCAGCAAUGCUUACCUUUGAAGCCCUCUCUGAAACGGCCGAGUUUGCCAAGAAGUGGGUACCUUUCUGCAAGAAGCAUCAUAUCGAACCUAGGGCACCUGAGUUCUAUUUUCAACAGAAGAUAGAUUACCUGAAGGACAAGAUUCAACCUUCUUUCGUCAAAGAACGCAGAGCAAUGAAGAGAGAAUACGAAGAAUUUAAGGUCCGAAUAAAUGCUCUCGUUGCAAAGGCUCAGAAGAUGCCUGAAGAAGGGUGGACGAUGCAAGAUGGAACUGCUUGGCCUGGGAACAGCACACGGGAUCAUCCAGGAAUGAUUCAGGUUUUUCUGGGGCAUAGUGGAGGUUUUGAUACUGAUGGAAAUGAGCUACCUCGAUUGGUUUAUGUUUCUCGUGAGAAGCGUCCUGGAUUCCAGCACCACAAGAAAGCUGGAGCUAUGAAUGCUUUGAUUCGCGUGUCCGCUGUCCUUACUAAUGGAGCAUAUAUUUUGAACGUCGAUUGUGAUCACUACUUCAACAACAGUAAAGCUUGUAAAGAAGCCAUGUGCUUUAUGAUGGAUCCGGCUUACGGAAGGAAGACCUGCUACGUUCAGUUUCCACAGCGUUUCGAUGGCAUUGACUUGCACGAUAGAUAUGCUAACCGCAACAUUGUCUUUUUCGAUAUCAACUUGAAAGGGUUGGAUGGCCUUCAGGGUCCCGUCUAUGUGGGAACCGGUUGCUGCUUCAACCGACAAGCGUUGUAUGGUUACGACCCUGUCCUGACGGAAGAGGAUCUGCAGCCAAACAUUAUCGUCAAGAGCUGUUGUGGGUCGAGGAAGAAAGGGAGGCAUGCCAACAAGAAAUACGUUGAUAAGAAGAGAGCAGCUAAAAGGACUGAAUCGACCAUCCCAAUCUUUAACAUGGAGGACAUAGAAGAGGGUGUAGAAGGAUAUGACGACGAGAAGUCACUUCUCAUGUCUCAAAAGAGCUUGGAGAAGCGAUUUGGUCAAUCUCCUGUCUUCAUUGCUGCCACCUUUAUGGAAAUGGGAGGCAUACCGCCCUCGACAAAUCCUGCUACUUUAUUGAAAGAAGCUAUCCACGUCAUUAGUUGUGGAUAUGAGGAUAAAACUGAGUGGGGCAAAGAGAUCGGGUGGAUUUAUGGUUCCGUCACGGAGGAUAUUUUGACCGGCUUUAAGAUGCACGCACGUGGAUGGAUUUCCAUCUACUGCAUGCCUCCUCGUCCAGCAUUCAAGGGUUCGGCUCCUAUCAAUCUGUCUGAUCGUCUCAACCAGGUGCUUCGGUGGGCUCUGGGCUCCAUCGAGAUUAUGCUUAGCAGGCAUUGCCCGAUAUGGUAUGGCUACAACGGGAAACUGCAGCUCUUGGAGAGGCUCGCGUACAUCAACACCAUCGUGUACCCGCUCACCUCGAUCCCGUUGCUCGCCUACUGUGUUCUUCCUGCCAUAUGUCUUCUCACCAACAAAUUUAUCAUUCCCGAGAUAAGCAACUUUGCUAGCAUGUGGUUUAUUCUCCUCUUCAUCUCGAUUUUCGCCACUGGCAUACUCGAAAUGAGGUGGAGCGGCGUCAGCAUCGAGGACUGGUGGAGAAACGAGCAGUUCUGGGUCAUUGGUGGGACGUCCGCGCAUCUCUUCGCUGUGUUCCAAGGUCUCCUGAAGGUGCUGGCCGGCAUCGACACCAACUUCACGGUCACGUCGAAGGCGUCCGACGAGGACGGUGACUUCGCGGAGCUCUACGUGUUCAAGUGGACGGCCCUCCUCAUCCCUCCAACCACGGUCCUCAUGUUCAACAUCGUCGGGAUCGUGGCUGGUGUCUCAUACGCAAUCAACAGUGGGUACCAGUCGUGGGGCCCGCUCUUCGGGAAGCUCUUCUUCGCCAUAUGGGUGAUUGUCCACUUGUACCCCUUCCUCAAGGGUCUCCUCGGGCGGCAGAACCGCACCCCGACCAUCGUCAUCGUCUGGUCGAUCCUCCUUGCCUCCAUCUUCUCGCUGCUGUGGGUCCGCAUCGACCCCUUCACAUCGGACGCUUCGAAGCUGGCCGCGCAAGGGCAGUGUGGUGUCAACUGUUAAGGUCGCUUGUGUAUAUAGACAGAAGACAUGAAAGUAGAAACAACAUCAUUUUGGGGAGAAAGCAAAGUUGUGAUGUAUCAAUCUUUUCUACAUUAGGUCUGAAGAUUUUUGGCCAAUUUCUAUUCAAACUAUAAUUAUUUUUUUUUGUAUACAUUGUUGUUUCAAGCAAGCAUUUGUAUUUAGUGUUUAUGGCAAAAACCUACUCCUCUUAAGACUUAUAGUAUUCCCCUUUUUCGGUUCCA